AUGACAGAGAAGAUUGAAAGGCAUACAUUCAAAGUGUUUAAUCAGGACUUCACCGUUGAUAAACGUUUCCAACUGAUUAAAGAGAUAGGUCAUGGUGCUUACGGUAUUGUCUGCUCGGCUAAAUUUGUAGAAGUCCCUGAAGAGACCACUGUGGCCAUCAAAAAGGUCACCAAUGUCUUUUCAAAGACUUUGCUAUGCAAAAGAUCACUACGAGAGUUGAAGUUACUAAGGCACUUUCGAGGUCAUAAGAAUAUCACAUGUCUGUACGAUAUGGAUAUUGUCUUUUACCCUGAUGGUUCACUAAAUGGAUUAUAUUUAUAUGAAGAAUUAAUGGAAUGUGAUAUGCAUCAAAUCAUUAAAUCUAGUCAACCGUUGACAGACGCUCAUUAUCAAAGUUUCAUUUAUCAAAUUUUGUGUGGUUUGAAAUAUAUUCAUUCUGCGGAUGUUCUACAUCGUGAUUUAAAACCAGGAAAUUUACUAGUGAAUGCAGAUUGUCAAUUGAAAAUUUGUGAUUUUGGUCUCGCAAGAGGCUAUUCAGAAAAUCCUGUAGAAAAUAACCAAUUUUUAACUGAGUAUGUGGCCACGAGAUGGUAUCGUGCACCAGAAAUCAUGUUGAGUUACCAAGGUUACACUAAAGCCAUAGAUGUCUGGUCAACGGGAUGUAUCCUUGCCGAGUUUUUAGGUGGGAAACCUAUAUUCAAAGGUAAAGACUACGUUCAUCAAUUAAAUCAAAUUUUACAAGUCCUGGGUACACCUCCCGAUGAAACUUUGAAAAGAAUUGGAUCAAAAAAUGUACAAGACUAUAUUCAUCAACUCGGGUAUAUCCCAACAAUCCCCUUUAGCAAUCUCUAUCCUGACGCAAAUCCGCAAGCUUUGGAUCUAUUGGAAAGGAUGUUAGCAUUCGAUCCGCAGAAGAGAAUCACCGUAGAUGAGGCCUUACAACAUCCUUACUUGUCGAUAUGGCAUGAUCCUGCAGAUGAACCAAUCUGUAGCGAAAAAUUCGAUUUUGGUUUUGAAGUAGUGACCGAUAUGGAGGACUUGAAGCAAAUGGUCAUUGAAGAGGUCAAUGAUUUCAGGAAAUUUGUAAGACAGCCGCUUAUAGAAGAGGAAAAACUGCAACAGCAACGACAACAGGAGGUGACGCAGCAUGAUCAACAGAAUGACAACAAUUUACAAGGAAUACAAAAUGCAGAUUUUUCAAAUCAAAUGGGUGGUCCUCAAACUUCAAUAUCUGCACAACUACAAGAUUUUGGAAUACAUUCAGAAAAUUUACGAGCACAUGAAACUGAUUUUCCUCCAAGGCCGCAAGAAAACUUACUGGCAUCACCAAUUGCAUUAGAUUCAGGUCGUGAUGAAAGGCUUGCUGGAAACGAUGAAUUGCUCGACUUAGAAAAGGAACUGGAAUUCGGAUUAGAUAGAAAAUAUUUAUGA